AAUACAAAGCUCAAUGCCGUCAACGCGGAUCACAUGAGUGUAGCAAAACAGUCACUUGAUCUUGUGACCUGUUCUGCAUUGGUUCUUUCAUUGGAAGAUUUGUUACAAAUUUAUUGAGAAUGUCAACGAAGGACCGUAUUCCAAUCUUCCCAUCUCGAGGAGCCCAAAUGCAGAUGAAGGCUCGUUUGGCUGGAGCUCACAAAGGUCAUGGAUUGUUGAAGAAAAAAGCUGAUGCGCUCCAGAUGAGAUUCCGUAUGAUUCUUAGUAAAAUAAUAGAGACUAAAACAUUGAUGGGUGAAGUGAUGAAAGAGGCAGCUUUUUCACUUGCUGAGGCCAAAUUUCUCUCGGGAGAUUUCAACCAGGUAGUUCUACAAAAUGUCACGAAAGCUCAAAUCAAGAUACGAACCAAGAAAGACAAUGUAGCUGGUGUGACACUGCCGGUCUUCGAAUCGUAUCAAGACGGUAGCGAUACCUAUGAACUAACAGGACUGGCCAAAGGUGGUCAACAAAUGCAAAAAUUAAAGAAAAAUUAUCAAAGUGCGGUCAAAUUACUGGUUGAACUUGCUUCAUUACAAACAUCAUUUGUAACAUUAGAUGAAGUCAUCAAGAUUACAAACAGAAGAGUGAACGCUAUUGAGCAUGUAAUAAUUCCUCGUAUCGAUCGUACUUUGGCUUACAUUAUUUCUGAAUUAGAUGAAUUGGAGAGAGAAGAAUUCUAUCGCUUGAAAAAAAUUCAGGAUAAAAAACGAAUUGCUAAGAAAAAGGAGGAAGAGCGCAGAGCAGCAUUGUUGGAGAAAGGCAUCGACGUUCGAGAUCAAGCGAAUCUUCUCGAUGAAGGCGACGAUGACAUUCUAUUCUAGAUUAGCUUCCAUGUAUAAAUGUUUCAUAUUACUUGCAGCGAAUUAUAUAAUUCCGAGAAAAUAACAAGUUUGUAAUGGUUUGAGUAGUGAGCAAUUAUUGUUCAAAUGAUUAAAUAAUACUAAAUAAAUGGCGAUAUAUAUGUAGUACAAUAUA